AUGAGCAUGUCUGUACAACAAUUUCAGAUUGAGGCAAAAAGACCUGUAUUUCCAGUACAGAAUGCAAGAAGAGAUAUCAUACUCUUGGCAAAAAAAGGAGAUGAAUAUGUCAGAAUAGUGGGUUCAAAAAUUGCUGAUUGGUCUGCUUCUGAAGCUGGUGCAUCAUGGGAAGGUGAACAUGACACCAAAAUCAUGAAAGAAUCUGGUCUAACUUUACCCAAAACUCUUAAAGAUAUUACAUUGAAUUAUGCAAAAAGGGAAUUUUGA